AUGAAAUCCUGCAAAUCCGGCUGCCCAGCGGCGGGAGAGCGCGUCGCGCCCCCGUGUGCGGCUGGUGCCGAGUGCGCGGGCACGUGCGCCGCUCCCGAGCGGCUGGAGAGCGCAGCGCGCAGGCGCCUGGCUGCCAACGCGCGCGAGCGGCGCCGGAUGCAGGGACUUAACACGGCCUUUGACCGCCUACGCCGCGUGGUCCCGCAGUGGGGCCAAGACAAGAAGCUCUCCAAGUACGAGACCCUGCAGAUGGCGCUGAGCUACAUCAUGGCUCUGACGCGCAUCCUGGCCGAGGCCGAACGGUUCGGCUCCGAGCGGGACUGGCUCAACUUCCACUGUGAGCACUUUGGUCGCGACCACUACCUCCCUUUCGCAAGCACCAAGCUACCGGGCGACAGCGAUCCCUAUGGUCAGAGGCUCUUAGGCUUCCAGCCUGAGCCCUUCCAGAUGGCGAAUUAG